CGAUUCCCGAUUCCCAACAGGCUCCAGUCCCGGCGCUCUGGAUUUCGCGCGAACAUCUGAUUUCGACGGCCAUAUCACCUGAGCGCUGUACGUGUACCGGCCGGGCUCACCCCAACUCCAGGCGAGGAUUCCAGCGGCGCUUGCCGAUUCGUAGCGCGCCAUAUUUGGAAGGUGGCCUUAUUCCCGCAGCUGGAAUCGCCUGAUCCUCGCCCCGGCCUGGUACCUGUCUGGCGACCGCCAUCGAGUGUCCGGCCCAUGAUAUAGCUGCCGUCGCGAUGGCUUCUCGGCGGCCAGCCCUUCGCCUUCUUGCGCAAUGCAGCUCACGCAGCCAAUCGAGUGGCUGGCGCUGUCGCAGAGCAUUAUCGAGCCUCCCCAGUUCUGCAACUACCAGUGAGGCCCCUGCGCCGCUCAGGAGAUACUUGGGUUGGGCAGCCUUCGGUCUCCUGGUCGCCUCACCGCUGGCCUACAAGAUGGCGCUCGACGAACCGCUCAGGAUGGACAGCCCGACUCUUGCCGAGCGCGACCAACAGCUAAAGGCCGAGCAGGGCGUAUCGGACGUGUCGCCCAUGCGCCUCCGCAUGGAAAAAUUUGUCAAGGAGCAGCAGAAGCUCAUCGUGCAGGCGCUGCAGGAGGUGGACGGCACCAAGUUCCGGGUAGACGAGUGGCAGCGCAAGGAGGGCGGUGGCGGCAUCACCUGCGUGCUGCAGGACGGCAACGUCUUCGAGAAGGCCGGCGUCGGCGUCAGUGUCGUCUACGGCACCUUGCCAAAGCCGGCCAUCCUGAAGAUGCGCGCGAACCACAAGAACAUCGCCGACGGCGACAACAUCCCCGACAGCCUCGAGUUCUUUGCCGCGGGGCUCAGCCUGAUCGUGCAUCCCAAGAACCCGAUGGCGCCGACGGUGCACCUCAACUACAGGUACUUCGAGACGGCCAACCCAGACGGUUCGCCCGGCGCCUGGUGGUUCGGCGGCGGCUGCGACCUGACGCCGUGCUAUCUGUUCGACGAAGACGCGGUGCAGUUCCACAAGGCAAUCAAGGACGUGUGUGACAAGCACGACAAGGAGUACUACCCGAGGUUCAAGAAGUGGUGCGACGACUACUUCUACAACAAGCACCGCGGCGAGGGCCGCGGCGUCGGCGGUAUCUUCUUCGACGACCUGGACGAGUCGGUUUCCGACCGGGAGAACCUGUUCGCGUUCGUCCAGGACGCGCUCAAGUCGUUCUUGCCGACCUACAUCCCCAUCGUGAACCGGCGCAAGGACAUGCCGUUCACGGAGAAGGAGAAGGAGUGGCAGCAGGUCCGGCGGGCGCGGUACGUCGAGUUCAACCUGGUGCAUGACCGGGGCACCGCGUUCGGCCUGAACACGCCCGGGGCGAGGGUGGAGAGCAUCCUCAUGAGCAUGCCCCUGACGGCGAGCUGGAGGUAUAUGUAUGAGCCAGAGCCCAAGAGCCGCGAGGCACGGCUCGUCGAGGUGCUGAAGAAUCCCAAGGAGUGGGUAUAGAACUGUGUGAGCGAUCUGUAUUCUACCAGCGAUAUCAAAUCUGUAAAUUUUUAGGAAUACACAAACCUGCGUCCAAGGAUUC